UCUCUUCUUCCCUGUUUGUAGUAGAUUUCUUGCAUGACAAUUAAAAUCCCUUUUAAAAAGUCUUUUUUUCACAACUCAAAACCCCGGCUAAAACUUCACUUUCCUAUCCGAUUUUCCCUCCUCACUCUCAGGUGAUUUUGAUUUUGAUAUGGCAUUUUUCGUGGGUGGCAUCUCUUGCUUGACUGCUCUUGCUUUAUCCAUGAAAGCCAUAGAACUUGAGAGGGAUGCAGAAUUUCUUAAAUCGGCUCCUCGGGUCAAGCAGUUAAGGGACCUCAGGCAAUUGCUGGAUGCAGAAAAAUCACCCUUGGUUGUUGCAGUUUCUGGAAGAGUUGUUUCUAAAACCCCAAUUGAAUGCCAGAUGAGUCGUUUAAGUGGCGUUAUAGUAGAAGAAAGGCUAGAGGAACUUAAUCUUCAUAAGAAAGUUGCUACUGAGCAAGAAAUGAAAUCUAAUGAUGAUGACGAUUCAUGGACACUACGUACUAAGAUGAUAUCAUCCAUUCCUAAAGAGGUUCCAUGGUUUCUGGAUGACGAGACCGAUCGUGUGCGUGUGGUUGGAGCUCGUGGUGCCACUGGUUUUGAAUUACCCGCUGAAAACACAACACUUGAAACCUUGGGUAAUCGCAUGCGUGAAAAGACGAUUGGAUUCAAGAGGAUUGAAUGGGUACUUCCAGUUGGAACUUCAUUGAAUGUUGUUGGUGAGGCCUCUAAAGAUGAUGCCGGAACCAUUUGGAUUCAGCGACCUCCCAAAGGACCAUUUUAUGUCUCUUGCAAAACGAUUGACGAACAUGCUACAGAUUUGGCGAAAUCUUCAAGCUGGCGUAUGGCUACUUCUGCGUGCAUGACUGGCUUUGGUGCUUGGUGCUUGUUUAGCCUACUAUGAAAAAGAUUCACAGGUUGCAUAGUAGAUUACCGCUGGAUUUUCAGAUUUUUCUUCUUUUUGGUAGGCCUUAGUUUGUGCGGGGUUAAGAUUUUGCAUGAUGAGAUACUGGAAUAGAAGUUGCCUUUCACUUUUAAUUUGCUUGUUUAUUUCAUCAUUUGAUAUGCUUAAGUAAAAAGAACUUCCUAUUAUAAAUAGGGAAACUCUGAUGUUAACCAUUUCUGUUUCUGAAAAAUGAAAUGCAUUGCACUCACAGCACAUGCUAUUAUAACAAAAGUUUUGUUUCUAUAAAAAUUGCAAUUUCUAUUUUUAUCUGUGUCUUAUUUCCUAUUUCCAUUUUAUCACAUCUAGCUAACAUUAAGGAUUUAAUUCAUAUGUAUAAACAUUGUAAGUCAAUUUUAACAACAACAAAAAAAGGUUUAGAUUUCAUCAUAUAUAAUUUAAAAGUCAUAUAAAUGAUGAGUUGUGAUUUUAAAAAGUUUUACACUGAUAAUGUAUGAAAAUUAUUCUUUAUAUUAGUCUAUCUAUUUUAAAGUAACUGGUUUAUUUGAUAAUUUGGCAUAGAUGAAAAAAAUGUAUAAAUAAAAGAGAAAUACAAAUAUUUUUAUUAUGUAUGUAUGUUAAGUGGUGGCUGUUAUUUUACAAGUAUGAUGCAACUAUUUUGAUUAGGAGUUGUUUUAGUAGUUUGAAUUAUAUAUAGAAGUAUAAGUUUUGAAGUUCUAGUAUACUUUUGAUCACAUGAAAACUUUGGCCUACUAUUUAAUGAAAGUAUUCCAAUUAAGCCACAAAAUGUCACUUCCGGUAUCAAUUUGAAGAUUAAACAUUAUAAAUAAAAGUAGUAUACAGAUUGAACAAAGUAUGUGACAGUGCUGUGGGGUAGAGAUUUUUGAGGAAGAGAGGAAACAUGGGGAGUAGGGGUAGACAUCCGAGGAAGAGAUUGCAGAAGAUAAUGAACUGUCUUUGCUUAGGGGAGCUUAUAAAAGAAGAAGAUACAACGGUUCGUAAUUCGUCGGAAUCUCUUGCAACCAAGGAUUAUUGUUCUGCAAUGGCGAGUGGGAUUUCUGGCCAAAAUGGACAAGUUGAGAGGAGACCGGAUUCUGGUAACAUAGAACAAGCUGAAUCGCCUUUGCGUGAAAGUGGCAUCUUGAACUAUGAGGUUGACUUCAUUUUCUCUUUGAUGAUAUACAGUAUACUGCAUAAAUAAUAUAUGAUUUCAUCUUUCAUGUUUAGAGGGUGUUUAGAUAAACAGUUUAAGUGCUUAAAGUCAUAUAAGUUAAUUGUAUAGAGGGUGUUGGUGACAUUUGUUUUCACUCUGACAGAUAAAAUUAACUGUGGAUGAAAAUCAAAGAGCUCACUAAGAUCAUAAUCAUAUGUAAUUUUUAUCAACUUAUUCAAACACUUACACAUGUGUGAAUGUCAGUCUAUUAUGUGUGUGUAAUUUCAAUCCACUUCAUGCCUAUAAUCCACCAAUUGUUAGCUUCAGUUUUUUUUAUUUAACUGCUAUAUUUCUUUGUUUUAACUAUCACAUUCAGUCUGCAUGCUUUCUCACUCUCAGGACCUAUUAUGCAAGUAUUCUCUAGAAGUUAUGCCCAUCAUACUGGGAUGUAUGAUAGUUUUCUAGAAAUUAACUUCAAUGUUGGCGGCGGCGGCACGAGAUAGAGACGGCGGGCAUGAGCACACUGUAGCAGUGAUAAGAGACGGCAACGGCCGAACACAAUCGUGACGGCGAGAUGAGACCAUUCCAUUCCAUGUUUCUAUUUGAUGGUGGCAACAACAAAUGUUAAGAAACUCUUAUUUCACUCUUAGGGUUCUUAGGCUGUCUCUCCAAAAUUAUCCCUCAGCUUUGAUCAAAAUAUUUUUGUAGAUGCAACUCCGAAAAAAACCAAAGUUUGACAAAAAAAAAAGUGAUUCCUGAUGUAUAUCUCCGGAAAUAGGAAACAUAAAUAGAAUUGCAUUAGAUUUCUGAUGUGUAUCUCCCGCAGCAGGGAACAUAAAUGGAAUUGCGUUAGAUUCCUGAUGUGUAUCUCCCGCGGCAGAGGAUAUAAAUGAAAUUAUGUUACAUGCCUAAGAUAUCAGACUGUUUCUAUUUGAUCCAAAACAAAGUACGAAAUAUAUGAACUUUUUAAUGAAAAAGAAAAUCCAUGAUAACAUUUCCGGGCUAAAAUGUCACUAAGCUCAUUAGAUGAGGAUGAUGGAUCUGAAUUCUCUCUGGUUGAUCCAUUCACGAAGAAUAUGGGUUAACGUGGACGAAGAAGUGAAAAUAGAAGACUAAAGACAUUACUCAUUUCACCUUUAUAAGUACAUACCACACAUUUGAAAAACUAAAAUUAUAUUUCAUGCGUUUGAAGAUACAUCUUCGUAUGUUAUUUGAGUGUAUUCGGAGAUGCAUCUCAUAAAUAUUCUCUGAAGUCCUUUAAAAAGUAUUAGAAUGGUGAUUUAUUUCAGAAAUGCAUCUCCGAAAAUUCCUCUGAAUCAUUUUUGAGCAGCACCAUUGUCCCAACAUCAUAAUUUUUAGCGGCCAACUUAUAUUAUAGUAAAAUCAAAGUAAAAUCCAGAUAAAAUAAAGUUAAAAAAAAAAGUCAUACAUUAAUUCAAAAAAUGACACAACAUAAUUCAGUUCAUAACAUUUGUCUAAAAAUACAGAAAAAGUAAUACAUCAAAACAUAAACUAACUACUGAUUAUGUCUAAUCCCUUGCCUCCUCUGCCGCCUGUACUGCAUACUAUUCCGCAACUUGGCAACCAGGGUCUCCAAGAGGGCCAACUGUCGGUAAUACUCAACCUACA